AUGAAUCUUCCGCACCUGCUGGCAGGGGCCGUAGGCGUCCUCUCUCACCAACUCUACUUCAAACGAGGCGAACACCAUCUCUACCCACUGCGGUAUCUGCUCUGGUACACUGUUAUAAUAAGCGGCACUGCGUUAGCCCUAAGCACCAGUCAAGCCGUAUCGCCCUACGACUCCAUCAAGGCUGCAGCAGGGCUGGUGAUUGCUUAUCUAGCAGGCCUCUACACCUCGCUCAUCCUCUACCGCGCGCACUUCCAUCCGCUCCAGCACAUCCCCGGCCCAUACGGUGCCCGAAUCUCGGGGCUAUGGUUUUCAUUUAGAUUGCACCGCCGCCCAGCCUACAAGGUCCUCCACGAACUCCACGAAAGAUACGGGCCUAUCGUCAGGGUCGGCCCGUCAAAUGUCUCCAUCAUCCAUCCCCAAGCAGUCAGCCAGAUCUACGGGGGCCGCUCGGCUUGCACGAAGAGCUCGUUUUAUGAUAACGGCCACCCGAUGCGAUCCCUGCACUCGUAUCGGAGCCGCACGGAGCACGACCAGCGCCGGCGCGUGUGGAGUACGGGGUUUAGUGAUGCGAGGCUUAGAGGGUAUGAGUCUCGGAUCCGCGUAUAUCGCCAGAAGCUAUUUGAUCGGCUGAAUGCCGAGCAGCCGCACGGUAACAUCGACAUAAGCACCUGGUUCAAUUUCUACAGCUACGACGUUAUGGGCGAUCUGGCAUUCGCGCGUAGCUUUGGAAUGCUCGAUACGCAGAGCAAUCACUGGGCGAUUGAUGUGCUUCUCUCUGGGAUUGUCCCCUUUGGGUAUUACCUCCCCUCGUGGGCGUUUCGGUGUUUGGUUACGGUCCCGUCCCUCUCCAAGGAUUUCCAUAGGUUUGUGGGGUUUGCGACACAGACGCUUGUGGAGAGGAUGAAUACCAAGGUGGAAAUCCCCGACAUCUGCGCAUCAUUCCUGGCCUUUCUCAAGGGCAAGAGCCCGACGACCGACCAAUUCAGCUUGCUGAUGGGCGACGCAAUGCUCGUCAUUACAGCUGGAAGCGACACCACCGCUACAUCCCUCACAAGCAUCGUCUACGAACUCGCUCGCCACCCCGAGGAAGUCAGCAAGAUCCGCGCAGAGCUCGAGCCUCUUACACCAGACAAUCCAUCCUCCGGGGAGUACUUGCACAACCAGAUCGCCAAUCUGCCGCAUCUCAACGGGUUCAUCAACGAGACGCUACGACUGCACCCGCCGAUCCCGAGUGUUAUCCCGCGGGAUACCCCGCCGGAGGGACUCACCAUUAACGCCAACGGGACGGAGACGCAUAUUCCCGGUGGAGUGACUGUUUUCUGCCCUCAGUGGGUUAUUGGACGUUCAGCAGAAGCAUACUUAGAGCCCCUCUCCUUCCUCCCCGAACGCUGGUAUAAACAGCCCGAGUACAUCAAGGCUCGCGAAGCAUACGCGCCCUUUUCAAGCGGCGCAUACAGCUGCAUCGGCAAACCACUAGCCCUAAUGAAUAUCCGCACAACCAUAGCCCGCCUGGUCAUGACGUUUGACAUUUCCUUCCCGGAGAGUGAAAGUGGUACCGGAGAUGGAAAUGGAAUUGGAAAACUCGGAAAUGGAAGUGCCGCGCAGGUGGAUGCGCUCGAUAACGCAAAGGAUAAUUUCUCGAUGGGAAUCGAGAGGAUGGUUGUCAGGCUAAAGAGGCGGGAUGGGAAGGUGCCUGACCGCUGCAGCGUUGCGGAGCUCGUUGACGAGGCAUAG